UCGACUAGAUUUCUUGUGCUAAACAGUCCAUGUUAAGAAACAAAUGAGACGAGCGUUGUGAGCUCGUCAUCCUCGCUGAUGAAAGAAGAGUGUCUUCUUGAUAGUUAUACAUCAACGAAAUUAAACCACCAUGUGUUUCUUCACAAUGUCAAACUUUCAAGAUCAUCUUCCACAUCUCCGAAUUUAAUCUAGCUUAGAUCAUAAUCAGAACCGAAAUUAGCACAAAGUCAUUGUGCAAUGGGGAUUUCGUUCAGGGUCUCCAAAACCGGCACAAGAUAUCGACCAAGGAUACAAGUCCAACCUGACACAGACGCCUCCGGGGAUAAGGAAGACGUCGUCUCAGCUGUCCGAACUCAGAAACUCAGGAAUUCAGCUCUACCCCAUAAUGAUUCGAUUUCUUCAUCUGCUCCUCGGAAGCCUGAGGUAACUGAUGUUGAUGAAAGCAUUUCUGGAGUCUCUGAAAAUGAAGUUUCGUUCUCACUGAACCUGUAUCUGGAUGGAUAUUCUAUUGGGAAACCAUCAGAGAAUGAUUCUUCAGGAGAUGUUCCUAGAAUUUUGCAUCCAUAUGAUAGAACAUCCGAAACUCUCUUCUCAGCCAUUGAGUCUGGGCGGUUACCUAGCGAUAUUCUGGAUGACAUGCCAUGCAAGUAUAUUAAUGGUGCACUUGUUUGUGAGGUUCGGGAUUACAGGAAAUGCUUGUCUGAAGCAGGUCAAGGUUCACAACCCGUUAAUCUUUGUCCCCUUGUCACUAAAGUGUGCCUUAAAAUGUCUUUGGAGAAUGUAGUAAAGGAUAUACCUUCGAUUUCUAAUAGUGCAUGGACAUAUGGUGAUCUAAUGGAAGUAGAAUCGCGGAUUUUAAAAGCUAUACAACCAGCGCUUUGCCUGAAUCCAAUACCUAAGUUAGACAGGCUCUCUAACAACCCAGUUUCGUCAAAGUUAAACUUGGCGAUAAGCACAAUGCGGAGGAAGAGGCUUAGGGAGAUCUCAAGGCCAGGAGAUGGUGGAGCCACAAUGCAGCACACUGUAAAUGGAAAUGCACAUUUACAAAGCAACAGUCCAAACAAUAUGGGAGCAGCAAGAACCAACGGUUUUUGUUCUGAUGUCUCUAUUCCACCAGCAUCACCUUUAGUGUCUAACCACAUAAGAAAUCAAAUAGGGGCUGGGAGUCCCAGAAUUAUGCAGGAUCAGAGGCAAUCUGUUAUAAGUUCAUCAGCCAUUUCUCCAUCUAUGCCAGACGCAAUGAUGCACUCUGCUUCUUUUCAUGGUAAAAGAGAGAAUCCGGAAGGGCAAUCCCAUUCUGUUGCUAGUUUAAACAAGAAAGCAAGACUUGGAAAUAUGGCGCCCGACUGUAAUCAUCUACAAAAUACAGGAUCACAGGUAGAUAGUUUUAGUGGACCCGAUUCGCAAUGGAAGAACUCACCAUUACACCAACAGCCCAUUCAGAGGGGAGCUCCAUAUGCCAACACUGGCUCACAAAAGUGUCAACAGCAAAUGUUUGAAGGGGGUAUGAACCCUCAGGAAGCUGGAGUGUCUAUCCCUGUCGGGCAGCAGGUGGCAAGAUAUGGUUUAAAGGAAGAGCCAACUGAGUCUGACAAGCCAGUGGGCUCCAGUAGAACCGUAAUGCAGACCAUGGACACAGAGAUGGGUCACAUGGAACCCCAGGUAUCACGGCAACACCAAAAGGCAACAAAUCAGUUCUUGAGGCCAGGUUAUCCCCAGACAACCCAUUGGAACAAUGCUAGUCAACCCCUACUUGAGAACAGUUCUAGAAAGGAAGAUAUUUUUCAAAAAAGGAAACAAGUUCAGAGUCCUCAUUUUUCUGGUGGAGGGUUACCCCAAUCACCUUUAUCGUCUAAAUCAGGAGACUUUUCUAGCGGUUCAGUAGGACCUCAUCAAUAUGGACCAGCAGUAACAAGUGGACUUACUGUGUCACUGAAGGAGAAGUCUGGUAUGACCUCUUUGGCUUCUGGUGUGAGUGAUUCCAUGCAAAGACAGCAUCAAGCUCAUAUUGCGGCAGCAAAACGUAGAACCAAUUCACUCCCUAAGACGCCUGUGAUGAGUGGGGUUGGUUCCCCAGCCAGUGUUAGUAAUAUGAGUAUCCCAAUAAAUGCAAGUAGUCCACCAGUUGGAAACCAACUUUCGGUUGAACAAGUCAUGCUUGAGAGGUUCUCCAAAAUUGAAAUGAUAUCGGCAAGGUAUCAACUUAAUUUCAAGAAGAACAAGGGGGAUGAGCGGGCUAUGCAAAAAACACACGUGUCCCCUACUGAACAGAUGCAGCUUCUUCUUUCCAAUGAUUCAAACAAUGAAACCGUCAUUGAUGAAGUCUCUAAAUUGUCUAAGUCUGUUAUUCAGGGUAGUGCUAAUGCAUUCAAAAGAAGAGUCUUGACUUUUACACAGACAGAGCGUGUAUUCCAAGGUGGUACUUUCUCAGUUGUUCCCAAGGCACGCACUAAAAUGAUAAUGUCGGAGAAGCCUAGUGAUGGCACUGUUGCUAUGCAUAUUGGGGAAAUUGACGACAGUGACUACUUCGCUGCCGAGGACUACUUACCCACUUUGCCCAAUGCUCAUUUUGCUGAUUUACUGGCUUCACAGUACUGCUCACUGAUGAUCCGUGAAGGGCAUUUUGUGGAAGAUAACGUCCACAGAAAACCAAUGCAUGCUGUUAACCAUCAUAAUAAUUCCACGAGCAGUCAACCACCUAACAUGCAUGGUCUUUCUCCUGGAAAUGAAAUGCUACAACAUCCUUCUGAAGGAGUUCCUUCUGGUCCAUCUGCUGAAAAUGUAAGGGCAUCGAGCGGCAUUAAUGAUUCGUUUAAUUCAACUCAGAACAGUCAAGGCACAAGAUCGUUACCUCCAGGGACUACACAUUCAUUACAGCAACUGCCACCUAGGACACAACAACCUGAGAUGCUGCCACCUCCGCAGCAGCCACUGAAUCAACAACACUCUUUGAUUCAACAGCAGCAUCCGCAGUUCCAAAGAUCACCAUCUAUGAUGAUGGCUGCUAAUCAUUCGAAUGGAGGAGGCGCUACUAACCACUUGACGGCUAAUAAACUUCAAAUUCUACAACAGCAACAGCAACAACAAAGGAAGAUGAUGAUGGGCCUUGGAAAUGUGGGUAUGGGAAACAUGAACAGUGGUAUGGUUGGUCUUGGUGGGCUGGCGAGCCAUAACCUAAUGGGUGGCAUGGGCGUAAGAGGGGGCUCUGGGAUUUCUGCGCCGAUGGGUUCUAUUCCAGCAGCAAUGGGCAAUUUGGGUCAGAACGCCAUGAACUUGGGCCAGGCAUCAAAUCUUGCAUCUAUCAGCCAGCAACUUCGAUCUGGUCAGCUCAUGGCCUCCAAGUUGAGAAUGGUGCAGAACAGAAUCAACAUGAUGGGUGGGGGUCCACAAUCAAGCAUUGCAGGUAUGGCUGGAGGAGGCAGACAAAUGCUUCCCACCUCUGCCACUAGUCUUUCAAUGUUGGGAUCCACUGCUCUUAACCGAGCUGCCACCAGCAUCAACCCGUUGCAAAGGACGUCGUUGGCUACAAUGGGCCCGCCGAAGUUGAUGUCUUCGGGGAUGAAUCUUUACAUGAACCAGCAACAGUUGCAACAGAUUCAGCAGCAGCAGCAGCAGAUGCACCAUCAACGGCAGAUUCAGCAGCAACAAACACAACUCGAAAUGUCAUCGUCAUCUCCUUUACAGCCUGUAGUAGUUUCACCACCUCAACAAGUGGUGGGAUCGCCGUCAAGCAGCAUGGGCAUCAUCCCGCCCCAGCAAAUGAAUCAGCAACAACAGUUGAGCCCACAGCAAAUGGGCCAACGAACUCCGAUGAGCCCACAACUCAGUUCGGGGGCUAUACAUCAUCAUACCAUGAGUGGCGGUAAUCAUCCGGAAGGAGCUUGCCCUGCCAGCCCUCAGCUUAGUUCUCAAACCAUGGGGUCUGUUGGUAGUAUGACGAAUUCUCCAAUGGAGCAACAGCUACAAUGUGUGAAUAAGAGCAACUCCGCUAGUUAGUUACUGCGGAGUAUUAAUUAUAGAAGCAUCUUUGUUUCUCUUUGUUGGUUAACAUGCCUCAUGCUAUAUAUUUUAUCACUGAGAUUAUUAUUGUUUGAAAAAUAGGUAUUGAUAUAGUGGUGUUUUGUCCAGAGAAGUAAGAUUAUAUGGAAAGGGCGCACAAAUUUGGAAAAACUUCUAA